AUGGAGUCUGUAAUCAAUUUGUCAAAAUGUUUCAAGGUUGCCGAAUCACUCGCACAAGAAGCCACGGAAGAAAAUCGACAAGCUUUGGAGAGGUUUAUUACUCAGGAACUCCUGUUUUACCAAGAAGUGAUAGGUCGCCUAAUUGGAGUUCGGCUAGCUGACCAAGAUCAAGAUCAAAGUCCUCUAGACAUAUUUGACUGCUUGGUGAUCAAGCAUCCUCGUGAUGAUCGAUCUCAAGUCGUUGCUGCUAGUCAACAGGAUCAACCUCCUUCGUCGCCACUGCAAGCUGGACCAUCACACCCUGCCCCUCCAGUGACGAGCUCUGCGUCGAAAAAGGCUGGUGGUCUCAAGCGUACCAUCGAAAAAAUCCAGCGUGAUAUUGCACUUGAUAAUGCAGUUGAAACUGAUGACGACAGCGAUGAAGAAGAUCCGAGUGGCGGUAGCAAUCGUGGUAACAACGGCGACAGCAGCAACGGCGACGACGAUGACCCAGUACCCGUUGUGGCUUCAAGUAGCCAAACUCAUCAUCUUCUUUCGAUGCAAAUUGCCAUGCUCGAGCGUUUACCCGACACUUUAUCAUGCGCUGCGUGCCCUUCUGCUGCAAGCAAGACAAUCCCCGUACAACUUCCAUCAACGUCUAUUCCAGAAACAAACAUUGACAACAGGGCUCGACUGCAAGCUGCGAGAGACAGUGUGAAUGAUGCUCGUGCACGAUUGCAAGAGGGAUAUCGCAGAUAUUUUAAUUUACAAGAAGAAGAACGGAUACAAUAUGCAAGAGACCGCCAUGGCCAGCAGAAUCGUCGGGCUCGUGGAUACGAAAAGUUUAUCAAUGAGACCUUCGAGGGUGCCGUAGAACCUGGUACACCGCGGUUUACGUUGCGUAUGAUCAGAACAGACGACGUGCAACUGUUUGCGAGCAUGACCGACUGGUCCAAACCUGGCUCAAGAGGCGGUUCUGGAACUACUACUUUGCGUUACCUGCCAGAAAUCAGGAACAUGCUUGCACGUGUUGAAGCAAAUGCUCCAGAAGGUGAACGAGGAGUAGGAGAAUAUGACGGUGCCAUUGGCCUUGACCUAGAUGGCUACACGACAGAAAGCUCGCUGCUGGCAUGGAUGUACUGGAAGCGCGACUUAUGGCUGUUCUAUUCUCAGUGUUCGGUUCGGCGCAAAGCUUGGGACACCCGCAUUUCCAUGGAUUCCGCAUUAAACAAGGCCACGGACACACUUCUGAAUAUGAUCAAAGGUCCACCACCACAGCAAUUUCCAAGCGACCAUUAUGCAAACACGGCCGAUGACAAGAGAAUCCGUCGAAAACGUAGGAGACGAAAGGAGCCACAAGGUUACUCAUUCGAGCGAAAAGCAAAAAAGGGACGUCGUUUUGUACCCGUCCGCAUUGACGAAUACGGUACAUCAAAGUUCUGCCUGCGCUGUGCCAUGUUUGGACGUGUAACUGAGUUACGGUUUACUCCGGCGGCCACCUCCUCUUCGCCAUGCCCUCAAUAUGGACCCACUCAACGAUCUUGGGAAGACAAAGUCAUCCGCAUCAAGGUUUGUCCACAAUGCCAGCAAGAAGGCCGUGGUGUGUUUCAUCGAGACGGUGCCUCAGGUCACUGUCAGUCAACAAUUGCAAUGGCAAUGCUCGAACACGGCCAACGUCCAGGCCAGUUCAUUCGUCCAUCGCACCAGAUCCCAAACAAUUAGACCGUCUUCGUCAGGACGGUCGGGUUUGCACCCGUGGCUUGCUCGUGACAUAGUCACACAGCCCCCAUCAUAUGUACGCUUUCAUAGGAGCCGCUAAAAAUUCGCGAUGAGAAAUUUCGGGUAAAUAUGUUACCCGACUGAAAACGCGAACACCCAUUAUCAAAGCGGGAUAAAUAUUCAAC